AUGAGUAGAAUUCCACCGGGGCUGCUCUAUCUAACCAUCUACAAUCCAGCGCUUCGUCCCGCCAUUCCGACGCAAGAAGAUGACGAGGAUGCAGAGGAGCAAGCACAGAUUCUAUUCUACACUGCUCGGGAGCGCGCCGUAUCUCGGGAUCGGAUACUCAGACAAGUCGGCCUCUGUAAGGCCUUGAUCAGCUUCUCGGAGUUGUUCAAUCCCGAAAAUGUGUGCUCCAACGUCCACUCGCAGGCGAGGCGAAUGGUCAUGCUCUCUCCUGAACCUGACUUCUGGAUACAUGCAUGCUUCGAGGUAGCCAAGACACCUCGACCUGCCGCGGCAAGGAGCAAACAUCAGGAAAAGGGGAAGGGGAAGGAUCAUCCCACUCGGGAAGACGUGGUCUAUGACUACCAUGACGGGUCUGUCCAUGACCUCUCCUUACGGGCACACAUCCUGUUUGGAUACGAGCUUUUUAAGCUGACUCAUGGAACUCUGACUUCCAUCCUGUCUUCGCUUGGACAAAACGCCUUAGAGUUGCAGCUGGAACGCUUUUUCACCGUAUGGGCGUGGAAGUGGGAUAUAGUCCAGGACACCAAUUUCAGCGCUUACUUGGGCGUACCACGGCACCCGCUAUGUCCAUCGUUAACGCCUGUACUCAAUGGAUUCGGACUGCAAUGCCCCGAGGAUACUGUUCCUUUCGUGCUCGUUCCUCCAUACCUUGUCCCAUCCACUCGGUUUUCGACUGCAAGAUACCCGAUGUGUCUCAUACAGCAUAUAAUGUCUCGUAUACCGCCACCGCUGCCCCUCAAUGGAAGUAAUCCCACCUUGUCAACGACCCCCGAGCAGCGCCAGUCCACAAGUAUGAGUGGCACGGGUCCCGAUGAAAGGCUCGCCACCAGUGACAAGAAGCCUCAUGACGGCUCGGCGCAAGGAAGCACGUUCCUCGCCAUGCCAAACAUGAACGUGAAGUGGAAUUGGCCAGGAUACUUGACUUUCGGCAGAGGAUCCUCAGCGAAGACAUCUCAGGUCUCGCCCUCAUCGCAAGACGUAUGUACUACAAGUCCGGAGAAUAGCAAGGUUGAUGAGGAGACAGCGGAUGAAGACCAGAGGAACGUUGUUGAUGUGGAUGCGCAGUCUUUACAGGAGGCAAUCUCGACUGACAACAUCCAUAUACCGGCUUCACCUCUUGAUACAUCCCCAGCUUCUUCAGCGAAGCCCCUGGAGGCUCGAUCAACGCAAAUAGGUGCUGAUUCCGACACUAUUCCUCCGGUCUCGGAAGAAGGUACACGUAGUGAUACCUAUAUUGAUGUUCCAUCUACUGUUAUCGCAGAGGCCAUCACCAAAAGUAAAGAUCCUGAAACCCCUGUGACAGGCAGAGAUACAUCUUCUCCCACCGUCUCUGAAGAGGAGUUGUUUCAGGAAGAGAGGAAGCCCAUGCCAAGCUAUCUGUCUACGACAGUGCAUCUCUCAGAAACUGGUGAGAUCUCCGACACCCGAAGAAGGCGAAUAUGGCAUCUCACUAGCAAUGAGUUGACAUUCGCACUUGUCACCGAGUACGAUUCAGAUGCUGAACAGCUACCUCCUGCCGAAACAGUAAUCGCGAUGCUGGAUAGAAUACGCAGUGUCAUUGUUGUGGAGAAGCAGAAGGCUGCCGCAGAAGCGACCAUCCCCAGCGCAGCAAAGAUUUUGCAGCCUGAAGACAGACAUGUUAUUUCUGCAGGCGGAUUUACAAGGUCUCCGAGCGCCGGAUUAUCUUCUGAGACAGAGCAGCUAUUCAACGGUCAGCAAAUGCUACACAGUGAUUUGGAUGUUCUGGAGGUGUUCUCGCGAGGGCAGAAUCCACAGCACUGGCAUAUCUCGAAGCGCGGAUUAGGCGUGGGCGUAGAUGGGCUUCCGGUUGAAGGGGAGGUCUAUAUGCAAAUUGCGCGGAAGGAGAGCACCCUGACAGACGUCGACAAUGAGUUGGCGGGAGUUAUGCGGAGAUUUCUAGAGCAAUAA